UUUCAGGCAAAUGUGAAGUCUGCUCUCCAGCACCCAUAUCCACCCAGCUGCACCAAGGCUGACCAGGCCCAUCCAGCCCACAACCUCCAGCGGAAAUGCUCAGUUUCGCCUUGCCAUCUGCAGUCGGCCAGUUUUGGUCACAGAAGAGGCCACACCUGCUUCCUGUAGGCCCCCUGGGCAGAAGCAUGCACUGGUGUCUACUCCUGAUCUGGGCCCAGGGGCUGAGGCAGGCUCUCUUCGCCUCAGCUAUGACAGGCACAAUAGUGACAAAAGGGAACAUUUCUGCCGAGGAAGGUGGCUCUGUCAUCCUACAAUGUCAUCUCUCCUCCACCAUGGCUGAAGUGACCCAAGUCAACUGGGAGCAGCGGGACCAACUUCUGGCCAUUUGUCAUACUAAAUUUGGGUGGUACAUCAACCCAGUCUUCAGUGAGCGGGUGACCCCAGGCCCUCGCCUGGGCCUCACUUUCCAGUCGCUGACCAUGAAUGACACGGGAGAGUACUUCUGCAUCUAUCACACCUACCCUGAUGGGAUUUACGAGGGGAGCAUCUUCCUGGAGGUCCUAGGAAGCUCAGUGGCAGAGCACAGUGCCGGGUUCCUGAUCCCAUUGCUGGCAGCGCUGGGGGUCAUCUGCAUGGGGGUCGUCUGCAUAGCUGUCAUCAGGAUGGUUGCAUUGGCUAGAAAGAAGACAUCUCUCAGAAUCCAUUCUGCAGAAAGUGACCUCAGGAGAUCACCAUCAGAACAGCAGGAGUGGAGCCCCAGCAUCUCCUCAUCCCCUGGAAGCUGUGUCCAGGCAGAAGCUACCCCUGCUGGCCUCUGCAGUGUGCAGAGGGAAGAUGACUAUGCUGAGCCUCAUGAUUACUUUAAUGUCCUGAGUUAUAGAAGCCUGGGGAGCUUCAACUUCCUCACAGAGACUGGUUAGCAAUCUGAAGCAUCUUCUGGGAGAUAUGUUCCUGGCUUUGUAUUAUGGAUGAAUGUGUAAGCUUCUGUCCUCUGCAUAAGUCCUCUCUCUCUCUCUCUCUCUCUCUCUCUGUAUGUUCAAUAGAGUGAAUGGAUAUCAUCCUCUUCUCCAUCUUCACUUCCUCUAUCUUACCCUUCCAUUCUCUUAUGGAAGACCAGAGGUGAAACUUGCAUCUUGAUCAUUAAUGUGAGGUUAAAAAACAAAAACAAAACGCCCAUGACUGGCUUUGAAUCUAGUGUUUUCAGGUGACCCUGUGACUCCGAGAAACACAUUCCUCAUAAUAGUGCUGGACAGGGUUUUGUGCUACAGAGUUUGUGGUGGAUGAUGAGAAUGAUACAGGUACAAAGCCAAGAUGUAUCAUUUAUCCCUGUCAUCUUCAUAAAUAUUCAUUCAUUCAAGGCAAUUUAUGAAUGAGGCAUGGUUCCAGCCUCUUUGGGGAUGCCCAAGGAUGACUAAACCUUGCCUCUGCCCUUACCAACAUACUGCGAAAUGGGGAGACAACAUUUACAUUAAAAGGUCAUAAGAAGAUGAAGACAAAGGACACAGGCUUUCAGGAAGAGAUGUCAGUUCUGGGCGAGGUGUCAGGAUGGGUUUAGCUGUGGUGAAGUGGCUUGGGGCACAAAGGGAUCAAUGAGGCUGGACUGGUGUGGGGAGGAGUUUUUUAGGGAACAAGCAGGAACCGGAGUCUAUGGAGGUAAAGGUCCCAUGGGGAAGGCCCAGGCACCCAGGGAAGUGAGGAACCUCAGAUUUUAUUCUCUGGACAGGAACUUCAAGUCCCCUUUUUUGUGAUGUACUCAGAGUUCACAUGUGAUGUCCUGAUACAGAGGAUCCCAGGCUCUUCCAGCCCUGUAUGCUGGGGAGGCCCCCAGGAAGUGUGUGUCUACUGAGGAAACUGAGUCCUGGUGUUUGAGCCAAUAUGCACCUUUUCUGGAUCAGUCUACCAGUGAUCCAUUGAAAACAGAUGGAAAAAAUCUGGAUUUUUUAAAUAGAGACUCUUGCUAGUGGGUGAUAGAGAUUUUAAAAAGUAAACACCCUCAAACUAGCUUCUUUGAACACUUUUAUCUACUCCUGACUUCUUUGUGCCAGGAAUGGGGCAUCUGAGCAGUUCACUUCUGUUGAACUGUAUUCAAACUGAAUUUAAAAGACUUGAUCCUUCUACCAACUUCUAGAGGAACAAACAGAGAGGCUGGCGUUACCACGAUUUUCUUUCAUGGGCACUGGAAUUGAGAGAGAAUGUGAAGUAAUCCCUGCUCCCUAAGAACUAGGCAGGGAGUUGAACAAGAAGACAAUUCAACUCCUAAUUCUCCUUGUAUUUGUAUUUUUAUUUUUUCUCACCUUCCUUCCAAAUGGUAUGUAGUUAGAAGCAAUGAACUGAAAUCUGUCUCAAGCUCUGGUCCUUUAGAAGAAAGAUAAGUGUAAAAUGCUGUUGUUUACUAUGGCAGUUCACAGUAUUUUUCUUGCAGAACUAGUAAUGAAAAUUGGUUAGGAGUAGAACAUGAUUCAUGAAUUAGAAAUGAACUAAAAUGCCAUGACAGAGAGUGAGUGAUACUUUUAUUUGGAGGAGAUGUAUGUUGAGCUGAGGUUGGACUGAGAGUUUGUUGUUACUUAACCUAAUUUUGGUCAUUGGGAGACGUUUCCAAACCAUUGAGAUAGUGAUAAGAUACCAAAGGGCCUUUAGAUGUUGGAAAUGAGUCAGUUUACUAAAAUGACGUUCAGUUGGACAGAAAAUAAAUUUCAAAAUGUAAUUCACUGAACUAGAUUCUCCUCUGAGAAUACAAUCCCCCAACAGUCAGAUUUCUGGGGAUGCGUGCUGUCUAGGACAGUAACCAUUUUUCACAUGUAGCUCUUGAGGUAGGUUAGUCCGACCUGGGAUGACCUGUGAGCAUAAAACACAUGCCCAAUUUUGAAGACAAUAAGAUUAAUAAAAAUAUAAACUAUCUCAUUUGUAAUU